AUGUGGAAUCUGAAGCGAAGCGGAGCUGCUGCUGCUGGUGCUGGUGGUCUUCCCAAACCUGAGAACUACGCCAAACAGGAGUUGAUCUACAAAAUUCAGAUUGCCUCAGUCUUUCUGGUGUCUGUCCGCUUCGUCCCUUGGGCGAUGCGGAAGGCUGGGGUUAUGGAGCCCUUGGGUGUCCCGGCGACUCGUAGAUGA